AUGGCGGCCUCCAAGGAGACUCAUGAGGACCAUGAUGCCUCCACAGAGAAUACGGGUAAGUCCAACCAUGACCCCCAGUUCAAGGCAAAGGUUUCUCUUCCUGAGCAAGAAAUUAAAACACUGGAGGAAGACCAAGAGGAGCUUUUUAAGAUGCGAGCAAAACUAUUCUGGUUUGCUUCAGAGAAUGACCUGCCAGAGUGGAAGAAGCAAGGCAUCGGAGAUGUCAAGCUCCUCAAAUGUAAGGAGAAAGGGACCAUCCACCAUCUGGUGAGGAGAGACAAGGCCUUGAAGAUAUGUGCCAACCACUGUGUCACACCGAUGGUGGAGCUGAAGUCAAAUGCUGGAAGUGCCUGCACCUGCAUCAGGAAUACCCACGCUGACCUUGCUAAUGAGUGCCCCAAGCCCGAGCUGCUUGCCAUCCGCUUCCUAAACGCUGCGAAUGCACACAAGUUCAAAGCAAAAUUUGAAGGAUGCAAGAAAGAGAUUGGAGGUAGAGAAAAGAAGGGACCAAAAUGA